AACAAAGACUGCAGCGGAGCACGAAUAAGAAGGACUGAGGUUAUCAUAUUUUCACAUUUUAGCAGGACCAUGGGAGGGCACGAUGCUGGCAGCCAGCACCAGUUCACAGGGAUUGCCAAAUAUUUUAAUUCAUACACCAUUACAGGAAGAAGGAAUGUAAUGGUCCUUGUCAUCCACCCCUGGUUGAUGCAGUGGCCCUGGCCAGAUGGUAAGUUAUCUAUGUUUGUAACGCAUGGUUUCAGUGAUAGACCAGCCAAAGUUAAUUGGAAUGUCAUUAAAGUUUGAGUUAAUGGGGGUUGGGGCUGGGGAGCUAGUUCGAGUGCUCUAGUCCUGCUGUUGGAUAUGUGUGUUUCAUUAAUAAUAAUGGAUGUUUGGAUGAAGCAAUACGGGUGGGGCUCCACCUGCUGCCACCUGUUAAUACUCUAUAUAAGCAUCAGCCAUCCCUAUGGCAGAGCAGAAGCACUUCUAUCUGGAUUUACUUCACUACACGAACAAGAGGAACAUUGAGUAAAUUUUCCACCUCGUUUACGAGACCACCACCGGCCUUUGAGGACCUUUAGCCCCGGAGUCAUGAAGCCCCGCAGCCCGAGCUGUGCAGAUUCAGGGUCGGAGUCGGACUCCAGAGACCCAGAGAAGUUUGAGAGUGCCAUGCGGCGGAGGAUGGCGGCCAACGCUCGAGAGAGGAAGAGGAUGCAGGGCCUGAACACCGCAUUCGACCGCCUCCGCAAAGUGGUUCCUCAGUGGGGUCAGGACAAGAAACUCUCCAAAUAUGAGACGCUGCAGAUGGCCCUGAGCUACAUUAUGGCCCUCAACAGAAUCCUAAAUGAUGCCAGCAGACACGCAGCUCCUCAGAAAGACUGGCUGGAUCUACAGUUUGACGGCCUACAGCCAGAGACCUAUUCUUGCUUUGUGCGCUAUAACUCCCCUGUGGAAAAUGACUGUAUGCACUCCUCCUUCUCCUACCACUACGAAAGCCUUUAAGCUCUCACUGACUGAUAAGCAAUGGUGUGUUCACUUGUAUCUUUCUGAACAUAGAUACGGCAAUAUGUUUGUAUUACUGUGUAAUAUUUUAUGUUUUUGGUUCUGGAAAUCAAAUGAUUAGCUUUAUUAGGGUCUCACUCAUUCUAGGAGUAUAGUUGCUUUAAUUGAUGCAAAAAGGACGUUUUCUGGGCAACUGUAGAAAAUAUUUAAUCAGACAUGUUCGAAGUCAGAUGUUUGAGUUUUUCAUUACUUUGUAUCAAAUCUUUUUGUAUAGUGCGUUCAAUCAAAGCUGCAAAAGCAUUAAAAAAAUAAAUAUUUUGCCAAAAUAGCAA